CACAUAAGUACUUGUUUUGAUUACAUUAGUGAAGUGAACUUUAUAUUCUGCAUCAUGGUUGACAACAUCGAAGUGCAAUGGGGCGAAGUAAACGAAGACUACAGGAAACUCGAAGAAGAACAUCAGGUUUAUUUAAAGAAACUUAAAGAGCUGACCAAUAAACAAAAUUUUUGUUCGACGCAAAUUACACAUCAAAGGUAUAGACUCAAAGCCUUUACUAAAUCUUCAAAUAUAGAUAUCAAAGAAUGUAUAAAAAGAGAAGCACAGCUGCAGCUUAUAGAAGAAACUUUACCCAGACAAGGAGGAUUGUAUCUCAAAGUGAUUUUAGGCAACAUUAACGUUGGUUUUUUAAGUGAAGAAGCAAAAUUCAAAUAUAAAGAGGAAUAUGAAAAGUUUAAAUUAGUGUGUAUUACUAUUGCAGCAGUCUUAGUGAUUUUGAAUAUGUUUUUUGCUUCAAGAUUUUUCCAAAAAAUAUAUUUGUUUUUUUUGGUUUGGUAUUAUUGCACUUUGACAAUCCGAGAAGCUGUUCUUAGGGCUAAUGGAUCGAAAAUUAAGCUUUGGUGGAGAAUACAUCAUGGACUAUCGGUGCUGACAUCGAUUGUCUUACUAGUUUGGCCGGAAAAUAGUGCUUGGGACGAUUUUAGAGGACAAUUUUUUCGAUAUAACUUAUACCACUGUUUAGUACAAUACUUACAAUUUAACUAUCAAAGAGGUACUUUGUAUAGACUCAAAGCAUUGGGUCAAAAAAACCCCAUGGACAUUACUAUAGAAGGUUUCCAAUAUUGGAUGUGGCGCGGCUUAGCAUUUUUAUAUCCAUUUUUAUUUGCGGCAUACAUUUACCAGUUAGUAAAUGCUUACACCUUGUAUAAAAUGUACAUGCACCAUCCAGAAUCUAGUUGGCAUAUUUUGGCUACUUGUUUACUAAUGUUGAUGUUUUUUACAGGAAAUUCCAUAACGACUUUAUUGGUAAUACCUGCUAAAAUUAAAAAUAAAAUGUUAGUUCAGUAUAAACUUAUGUGUAGAAAAUUGUUUAGUUUAACUGUAGAUGCUGCGAAAAACGAUGUUAAUAAAUCUAACUAGUAAAAAUGGAGGGUAUAUGUAUAAUAUGCUAAAUAUGUACCUAUCUCUUUAAUAAAGAUAUUUUGUGCUGAUCUAUUGUAUAUUUUAGUGGCAAAAACAAUA